AUGAAGACCGGCUUCAAACUGCACGAUCUGCACCAGAUUAACGAGAUGUAUCAGGACUUUGGCCAGAUGACCACCAUGCAUGGCAUCAAAAGGGCCGCGGUCAGCAAACAGCUGUGGAUUAAACUAAUCUGGACAGGGCUGGUCAUCUCGGCCUUGAGCUACGCUCUGUACCAGAUUAGCCAGACGGUGAACACGUACUACACCUUCCCCUCCUCCAUAGGGCUGUCUAUAGAAGCUGACCAUGAGCUGGAACUUCCGGCUGUCACAAUCUGUAACUUGAACAGGAUUCGUUUAUCAAAGUCUGAAGACAUCCAGAAAUACCUGGAGCAGUGGAAGAAGAACAAUCUCACCGUGCCAGAUCAAUUGCGACAACUGAGCAUCGCCCUCAACGACUAUUCCAGAGAGGUGAAGGAAAACUUAGGCCACAAUGUCUCAGACAUGAUGCUGUUGUGUAUGUUCAACUCGGAUACAUGUAAAACGUCAGAUUUUAAACUUAAUACAUUCAUCAGUGAUGGAAACUGCUACACAUUUGGUGAUAAAACUGCGAAUAAUUCAAAAACUUGGUUUGUGACAAAACCCGGUCCAGCCAACGGCCUGAUUAUCGAGCUGGACAUCGAACAGGACGAGUACCUGCCCAUCACCGAAUCAGCUGGGAUAAAGGUCUUGUUACAUUCUGGCUCUGAGAUCGUCUUCCCUGAUAACAGUGGCAUCCUGGCAGCGCCGGGCUUUGUUACUAGUAUUGGCAUUACCAAGUCUGAGACUUAUCUGCUCCCUGCGCCUUACGGCAACUGUAUCAGCCAAACCAACGUAUCCAACGAAAUAAAAAAUAUCUACAAAGAUUUGGGCUACGACUACACAAAAGACGCCUGUCUACGGACCUGUUUGCAGAUUAAAAUCUAUGUGGAUUGUGGUUGUAUUGAGACGGACGUGGCCAAUAUAGUUCAAGUCCUCAGCUAUAAAUCUCUUCUCAACUUGGCUGCUAACGCAACGUUGCAAAUCUGCAACAAGACACACGCUGCCUGUGUCUUAGAUAAGGAACUACAGUUCCAGAAACACCAAUUAGGUUGUGAAGACAUGUGUCCGCCUGUUUGCGAACAGAUUAGCUACCAGACAACCGUAUCCACGGCGACGUGGCCAGCUAAACGCUACAUGGAGAACUACAUCCAGUUUGUCAACAACUCAGCCACAGCCAACAACAAAACCUACAGCUGGACAGGCGAGCCGCGACAACACGCCCUCGACAACUUCCUCCGUUUGGAGAUAUACUACGAGACUCUCCGCUACGAGGUAUUUUCAUCUUCAGCUACAUUCGACUGGAACAGUCUCCUAGGCAACAUCGGCGGUCAACUGGGGCUCUGGUUGGGGUUCUCGGUCCUCACAGCUAUCGAAGUCUGCCAGUUUAUUCUUGAAGUCAGUUUCCACGUUGGCAGAAUAUACUACAGAAAUCACAGGACAUCUAAAACCGACGAAGAGAACCCCGAACCUCGCCCCCCUAGUAGGCGAGUUAGUGUUGCCUUUUCUCCGAACGCUACCAAGGAAGAUCGCAAAGUCAGCAUCGCAUUCGCCAACAGCACAAGCAUAAGUGAGAGAAGAACUAGCGUGCCUUUUGGCCAUUUUCCGAACAAGGAAGAAAGAAAAAAUAGCCUGGCAGUUCCGUACUACAAAAACGAUAGAAAAGCGAGUGUGCCUUUCGUUGAAAAUGACGAGCUCAAAGAAGAGUAUAGUUUUUAAAAUGCGAUGAUUCUAAUUAAUUUAGUUAAAAUGUUCCUAAAUUAAAAAAAAAAAUGAAGAUCUGUCAUUGAAACUUGGAGAGGUUUUUCCAUGUGCUGUAAAAUGAUUUGUUUGUUUCGUUUUUAAAGUAAAUUUUUGCGAUUAGUUUUUUAAAUUAAAAUUAUUAUUUUCUUACUGAUAUAUUUCCAAAAGAUAAUACAAUUUAGGCAUCAUAUUUAUUUGCUUAUUAAACUGCACUUUUAAAAAUUAGUCCUUAUUUGUUA